CGACUACUAGUGGGAUUACUGUUGUUCUUUUUUGCCACAAUCGUUCAACUUCAAUUUUAGUGGACAAAGACAGAGAUGGAGGCUGGCAGAAGGACAGCAUUAUACUGGCAGGAGGUAAUCGGAAUAAUAGUCCAUGAACAUCUGGAAGGCCAGAGUUGGACACCCUUGCUUUAAGGCAACUGAGAAGUACAGGUCUGGGACUCGAAUCCAGCCAUUCUCGUGCAGAUCAACACAGCAACCUCCUGAAACUCCCUUGAAAGGAAAGUAAUUCUGUACAAAGUUGGUUCUGUGAGUGCUUACUGGCCUACGUCCCACCUGCUCAACCUCUACACUCAUUAAUAAGCAGGCUAGUCCGCAAAGCUGCUAGUUCUUUCUCCCCCUGUGUAUCUGUCUUUAGGAAAGAAGAUGACAAAGGAACAUGAGCUUCAUGCCCCAGCUGUUGUCACCAGAGGUCUUAGGAGGGCUCAGAAAGCAGCCGUGCUUCAAAUCAGGAAGCAGAGCUCUGAGGCAUUUAUCAUUGCCCUGACCACAUCGCUGCUCGACGCCUACGCAGAAGGACUCACAAGCUCAGCAGUCUCCCCUUUGCGGGGGGGAGAACGCUGAAUAAUGGAUGCCCAAGAAAGAGCAGCCUUAGAUAUUUCCACGAGAAACCCUCAAGAGGACUUUGAACUGCUGCAGAGGGUUGGCGGGGGAACCUACGGGGAAGUCUACAAGGCCCAGAACAAGGAAACGGGGAAGAUGGCAGCUAUCAAAAUUGUCAAAAUGGAAGCUGAUGAUGACUGUGCCACCAUUCAACAAGAGAUCGUCAUGGUGAAGACUUGCAAACACCCGAACAUCGUGGCCUAUUUUGGGAGCUACAUUCGGUUCAACAAACUUUGGAUCUGCAUGGAGUUUUGUGGGGGUGGGUCUCUUCAGGACAUCUAUCAAGCGACCGGGCCCUUAUCCGAGCUGCAGAUUGCUUAUGUGUGUCGAGAAACAUUGCAAGGCCUAUCUUAUCUUCACAACCAAGGGAAGAUCCACAGAGACAUUAAGGGAGCCAACGUCCUCCUCAACGGCCGUGGGGAAGUCAAACUCGCGGAUUUUGGAAUCUCGGCACAAAUCAGCGCUACCUUUGCCCGGAGAAUGUCUUUCAUUGGCACCCCUUACUGGAUGGCCCCAGAGGUAGCUGCAGUGGAGAUGAAAGGGGGCUACAACGUCCUGUGUGACAUCUGGUCAGUGGGGAUCACAGCCAUCGAGCUGGCAGAGUUGCAGCCCCCCAUGUUUGACAUGCACCCUAUGCGAGUCUUGGUUCUCAUGACAAAGAGCGGCUACCAGCCCCCAAAGCUGAAGGAGAAAGCCAAGUGGACCCCGGCCUUCCACAACUUCGUCAAGAUGACGCUAACCAAGAACCCCAAGAAACGCCCUGGUGCCUUCAAGAUGCUGAGUCAUCAGUUCGUGGCCCAACCUGGCCUGAGCUGCAAUCUGACCCUUGACCUUCUGGAGAAACUGCGCCACCCCGAGCAUCUUUCCAGCUUCAGAGCAGAGGCAGAUGAGGAGGAGCAAGAGCAGCCUCCUCCUCCAGUGCCUCGAAGAAUUCACUCCAGUCAACGGCAAGGUAUUACUUCACCCAGCUGCUCUGAUCCCCACGAACACCAUUUUGGCUCCGGCGGCUGCAGCAGACCAAGGCUGGGCUCCUCAAAGAUCACGGAAUUCUCCACGGACCCCGGCUACGGCACUGGCAGUCACCUGUACAGCUCAGCAUUCAGUACCAGGGACGACGCAUUAGACUCUGACCAUGAUUAUGAUGAUGUGGACGUGGUCAGCUCAUCCUCUGAUCUCCCACCCCCGCUGCCCCCCAAGCCCAAGGUCUGGGCCUCCUCAGAAGAAACUGUGGCAAACCGAUCCCCUGUGCUGUGCUCAGCCAGACCUGGAUCUCGGGGGCGGUGCUCUAGUGGACCAGUGAUGGGCUGGACCCCUCCUCAGACGGUGCCUCUGGGGGCUCAGGCGUCCCACCUCAGCGCCAGAUCAGUGCCGGAGUUGCGGCCGGUUCGCCAGAUGGAAGAGCCUCCUCUCCUGCCUCCCAAGCCAGGGAGGAAGCAGAAACCAGGCAGGAGGUUCUUCAGGAAAGUUUUUAAUGAGUGUCCUUUGCAUGUCACCUCAGCCACAACUUGGAUCCAUCCCAACACGAAAGAGCCAUAUUUAAUCCUGAGUGCUGAAGAAGGAAUCUUUGCCUUGAACCAGAGCGAUUUGGAGCCAACCCUGGAGCUGCUGUAUCACAGCCGCACAACUUGGGUAUACAGCAUUGAGAAUGUCCUCAUGUCACUUUCAGGCAAAUCCCCCCAACUGCUCUCUCACAAUUUAUUGGGUUUGUAUGAGCAGUGCAAACGAGAUCAACGUCCCGCUGUCAUUAUUGCUCCCCACAGACUCUUACCCAGGAAAAAUGUCACCACCACCAAGAUUCCAGAUACCAAAGGAUGUCAGAAGUGUUGUGUGGCGAAGAACCAGCUGACCGGCUGCCACUACCUGUGCGGGGCACUGGAGGCAGGGGUGGUCUUGUUGCAGUGGUAUGAGCCCAUGCAGAAGUUCAUGCUGGUCAAGUAUUUCGACUUCCCUCUGCCGUCGCCGCUGCCUGUUUUCGAGAUGCUGGUGUCCCCCCACGAAGAGUACCCGGUGGUCUGCAUUGGAGUGAGCAGAGGGGUCUCCAGAAAGGCUGUGGAGCUCCAUGUCAUCAACCUGAAUUCGCUUUCCUCUUGGUUCAUCGAUGAUGGCUCUGAACCUGCGUCGUCGGGGCCAAUCCAGGUGUCCCAGUUGGACAAUGAGAGAGUCAUGGUUCUGAUGGACAGGAGCGUCAAGUUUGUCAGCCUCCAGGGAUCCCUCCUUCCGUGUCCUCCAGAGCUCACCUUUGACGUGGAAGUGGAGUCAGUUGCAGUGGUACGGGACCGUGUGCACGCGUGUUGGCGCCAUGGAGUGCAGAUAAAGCCUCUUGGAUCAGGCCAGCUGGAACCAGAGCUGCAGGACUUCUGCUGGACUUUCCGUUUGCUGGGAUCUGCCAGCACCGUCGUGUUGGAGACGCGCCCCGCGGACAAUCCCAGUUCUGCCAGCAACCUCUACGUGCCGGAAUGACCGAGACGUUUUUUUGUGUCGAUUGCGUGCGAUCCACGGGGCUGCCCCCAAUUCCCAUGCAGCCGAGCGACAGCCAGGAGCCGCUUCUCUCAAAGACACAGAAGGGCAAGUCUGCCAUACUUCAAAGCACCGCCCCCGAAGGGGAGCGAGAGAAGGGACGUGACUCAGUAUUUUGCCGAAGCCCUGGGGCUCACAACCACUGCGCAUGCAGCAGCGGCCAUUUCCUGGUUUCAUGUUUUCCUCUGAUGUGUGACUUUGUCCUAAUAAAAGCCAUCUGUCUUCCUCUGA